AUGCGGAGCUCCUGCAGAUACACCACACAAGAGGCUUUGGCUUUGCACGAGUCUGUUCCUCCCGACCAUUGGUGCGUCACGCGCUCAGAUCUGAAGCACUUGCGGCGGGAAGUUCUGAAGGCUAUCGAGAAUGGCGAGAUUGGGCCACCAGAUGACGGGACUGACGAUUUUGCGGUCUCUGACAAGCAAUAUGGGCCCAGCAUCUACACCGUGAACAGGCAGUACAUCAUGCCAGUUACACAGGAUGCAGGGAAGGUUAGCUGGGCUUUGAUGCGACACCCUGCUGGCCUGGAGUGUGACUUGUUCAUUAGCCACGCAUGGCAAGAAGGCGUAUUCGAGUUCCUGUCCAAAGUAUUACAUUCUUGGCCCAGAGCUGCUCGGCAUGCCUGGUGCUGCAUGCUGGCCAACCCACAGAAUCUGGAUAUUGGGGCAUUGCUGCAGUCUCCCAGCAACUCGCCCUUUGCGCUGGCACUUCAGGCCUCGACGUGGGUCCUGGUUGUCCCAAACCGCCACUGCAGUAUCUACACGAGGCUGUGGUGCAGCUACGAGGCAUACGUUGCGCACGAUGCGAGGAAGACCAUAUUCGUUGCCAGAUCCUCCAACAGGAGGAAGAUUUGCGCUGCCCUCAGCCAAGCCCUUCUCGCAGGCCUUGCGGGUGUGUUCCUGGCACUUGCGAUGGAUCGCUGGAGGCAUUCCUGGCGACACCAUGUUGUCGGCCUGGUCGCACUCUGCAUGGUCGUAGCUAUUGCUCUCGCGAGCGCUGCACUUCAACACAACGGAAGCCGAAUGGCUCUGAACUGGCUUGGUGCAUUUGUCUCGGGUUUUCUGACUAUCCACUGGUACCCUAUCCACGGUGCUCUAGAACUCCCAGGAAAAUCGGACGAGUUGAACCUCGCAGAGCAGCGACUGCUUUUGCUCAUUGCUGCAAGCUUCUUCUACUUGAUGGAGGUCGACCGCGUGAAUGGCCAGUCACGGGCAGAAGAGGCCGUGCAGCUCCGGCGAGGCUUCCGUGGGUCCAUCGCACAUGCGACAUGCUCGGAGCCGGACGACGCAGAUCGAAUUCAUGCGGAGAUCGGCACCCAAACGGAAGACGUAGACUACGCCAUCCAGGUGCUUUUGACUGCUGGGAUGUCGACACCGACGCUCCGAGACGUUGCGCGUGCAGGUGUAGGGAUUCAGGACGCAGGCCAUGCAGAGAUCGCCGUCCCAUUUCUGGCGUUGAUUCCCUUCACUGCCAUGUCCAUUUUCAGUUUCUGCAUCAACUUCGAAUACCUGCCGGAAGCUGCAUGGGUGUACUACGUGCUCCAGGUCUAUCCGAUUCUCUGUCGGGUCGCCCUUCUCCUCGUCAUCUCUCGCAGUGCCACGGACGAGCGGUGCUUCAUCAUGAAGAUGAUGACCAAGCUGGUUGCCAUCUACCUCGCCGUGAUUUGCCCGAUCCUGGUGCAAUGGGAAUGGUACGGUUCCAGUGGGCAUCUGCCGGAUCAAGCCCUGAUCGACGUGUGUUUCUACACGGCCAUGUGCUGCUUCUCCUUCCUCGGCAUGAGGGGCACCCUGGCGCUGCCACGAUGUGGGCCUUGCCUCCUACAGCUCUUUCUCGGCCGCUGCAACAAGCUACCCGGGCCAUGUGCUGCUCAAAGCAGUCCGACGGCAACGGAUACCGACAGUGACUCCGCAGGGUCCACGACCACCCAAGGCUCCUAG